UAAUAUGAAGUGGUUAGAAAUAUGUAUCUCUAAACUUAUGUGCUAUGCACAUAUUAAAACAAGAAAUGUUUUGACACUCAAGAAAAAAAUAUGUCAUAAUGAUAAUGUAUGAAAGAAAAUGGAUUAUUAUUUUUUUUUAAUAGAGCCAACAUUAGAUCCUGGUUCUGAUAGUGAUGGUUUUGAUAGUGACGAACAUUUUGAAACUAAUACUGAAGUUGAAUCAUUAGAUAUAGAUAAAAUUGCCCCAACUCGCAUCCAAGUGCAUUCUCAAAUAAUAUUGGCCCCGGGCAAUUUACCCCAAAGCAAAAAAAAGAAUCCGUGUUACCCAAAAAAAAAAAUUACUGUACAUUUUGCAAGAAAACUAAUACAAAUAUUGAGAGGCAUUUCCAGCAAGUACAUUGUGAAGAACCGGAAGUAAAACGAUUUGUCAUUUUACCUAAAAAUUGUCCACAAAGAAGAAGGUUUAUCGCAGAAUUGAGACUUCGUGGGAAUUUUGAAUACAAUUCAAAAGCACUGCACUCGGAUGCUGACCUUGUGGUUGCCAGAAAAAUAAAUAACAUUCCAAAAUCUAAAUAUACGGUGUGCCCUAAGUGUAAAAUAUUUAUUACAAAACCAGCCUUAAGAAGGCAUUAUAGAAAUUGUUAUGAAAAUAUUCAGUCUGGCACUAAUAGAGGUAUUUUAUCAAAUAGUAAGGCAUUAUUUAAUUAUGUUCAUCCUUUGGCAAAUGAAAUUUUAAAGACUUGCAUACUGUCUUCAAUGAGGGAUGAUGUAAUAUUUUCCUUAAUAAAGUAUGAUAAGCUGUUAGUUGUCUAUGGUAAUGCAAUGUGUAUGAAAUACAGAAGCAGACAUCAUUAUGACAUGAUAAAAAAUCGUUUGAGAAUAAUGGGUAGAUUUCUUCAAGUUGCUAAAUCAGUUAAUCCUGCAAUAGAUGAUUUUGCAUCAUUAUAUCAACCACCAAUAUUUGAUACAAUAAUUGAGGUAUUACAUCAGUUUGGUAAUUAUGAUAAAAUUUCUGGUUACUAUGAAAAACCAACGUUGCCAAGUACGAUAGGAACUGCUUUAAAAUACAUUGCCAAUUUAUAUAUAAUGGAAUGUAUAAAAUCUCGAGAUGAGAAACAAAAAAAGGAUGUAGAGGACGUAUUAGUUCUUUUGAAGACAGGGUUGCAAGGACCAGUUAAUAAAACGGCUGCAGAAAGUCUUUUGCACCAGAAAAGACAGAAAAAAGAGGUUUUACCACUUACAGAAGACGUAAGAAAAUUGAAUGCAUAUAUAACCAGUAACUAGCAGAAGUAUU